UUCAGUUUGGUAGAGUCACGUGCCUAUACCCAACGGCACACGAACCGGAGAAACAAAAACACACGCCGAGAAAACGGAAAGCCCUAACCAGUAAUAGUAACAGUAACAAUCUCCGUUUUCUUCUUCCAUCUUCCUCUUUCUCUUCGUGCAUGCCUUUCUCCAUUUUCUUCUUCUUCUUCUUCAAGGAGGUGCAAUAUAUCAUUAUUUUUGCUGAGCAAAAAAAAAAAAUGCAUGCACAAAAUUUAUCAGUGAUAAAGAACUGAUAAAAGAUUUGCAAAUGCUUAACGCUGGGACCUUCUUUGGUUAUGUUUAGGCAGAACAUCACAUGGUUUAUUGCAAUUGCACCUCCUGCUUUAUCUUUCAGUACCGGACUUGUGGAAACACUAUUCAUAAGAAUGUUGUUAGACCUGUUAUUAGAAUCCAGGCCUAACCCACCUCAUGAAGAAUAUUUGAAGCGUCUACCCUUUUCUUGCAAACCAAGGUUUUUGAAGAAGUGCAAAGUUUCCUUUGUGUUGUAAUUUCCUUGUUACUGAACUGGGAAAAAUAGUAAACUUGUUACACUCGUGCCAAGGUCCUAGUUACAACCUGUGUCUGUUUUCAAAUGUCUGAUGCUGCUAUGGCAGUUGUGAAACCUGAGAUGAAAUCCUACAUCUGGCUUCAAACUGUGGAUGGUUCUAUUCAGCAAGUAGAGGAAGAGGUAGCCAUGUUUUGCCCCAUGAUAUGCCAGGAAGUACUUCAAACAGGCAUGGGAUCUUCCAAAAACUAUGCUAUAUCUCUUCCACAACGUGUCAAUCCCGCAAUCUUGGGAUUGAUACUUGACUACUGUCGGUUUCACCAAGUACCAGGACAUUCUAACAAGGAGCGCAAAACUUUUGAUGAGAAGUUUAUUCGGAUGGAUACAAAGAAGUUAUGUGAGUUGACAUCUGCUGCCGACAGCCUCCAACUGAAGCCUUUGGUUGACCUGACCAGCCGAGCACUUGCUCGGAUUAUAGAAGGAAAAACUCCUGAGGAGAUUCGUGAAACAUUUCAUUUGCCUGAUGAUCUCACUGAGGAGGAGAAGCUGGAGCCUCUGAGAAACAUAACUGAUGAUCCACGAAUUCGACUUCUAAACAGAUUAUAUGCUAGAAAGAGGAAAGAACUAAAAGAGAGGAAGAAACUGAAGGAUGUUGAGGUUGAGGAGGAACCAAAAGAUGAGCGUUCAGUUGAAGAUCUUCUAUCAUUUAUUAAUGGUGCAGAUGGAGAUAUGAAGGGAACUAGAACAAAUAAAAAUAAAAAGAAGAAUAGGAGAAGGAAAGACCAUGCAAAGGAUCUUUCUUCAAAAAAUGAAAAUGAUAAGGACUUGAAUCCUCUCCCUUCUGCAUAUCACAAUGUCUAUUUUGACAAUGCCUUGGAGGCCUCUGCAAGUAAACACUCAAGGAUGCAAAACCUUCCUGCUAUUAGUUUUUCUCCAAAAUUUGAAGUUAUUGAUGGAGAUGUUGACGAUGAUUUAGAUCCUGCAAUGAAAGAGGAGCUUGACAGGGAAGUGGAAGAUUUUGCACGAAGGUUAAAUUCUGAUUGGCCUGAAAGGAUGCAAAUUUUAUCUUUGGGCCAAGACAGAAGACUAGUACCACCAAUUUCUAUGAAUAGCAAUGGUUCAACGCACCUGUAUACAGCACUGGCAGGUAAUUCAAUUUCCAAGGUGAGUGGAAGUUAAAGUGAUCUGAAAGGAUGGCAGCUUAGGGUUUGCUGUUGCCUGAAUCUUGGAAAUGUGAACACCAUGUGAGUAAUAUUUGUUUGUUCCUUAUAACUGAUAACCAAAGUGUAGCUUUGUUUUUGAAAUUUGAACAUUUUGAAUUCUGCAAGGGGAGAGGGACAAAUAAAAGAGAGACAAAGAAGUGUGAGAAGAAAAGAGUAAAAAAACGAGAAUCUUGGAAAGCAAUUUGAGUGUAAUCGGCUCAUCUACCUUGACCUUGUUUGUUUCCUUGUAUUUAUUCCAGUCUCCAUAAUUUUUGUCAGGUCUUUGAAUUUUUUUAAAUUAAUUUAAUUAAUAUUUGUGUUUAUUUUUGUGGUGGUUAAGCUAUAGAUGAGUUGUAUUUUACCUUUCAGUUGGCAUUGUUAACUUGUUAUCAUUUUUAAUGGAGAAGUAAGCAGUUUUUUUAA